AUGGAAGAGCUCGGCGAGCUUGUUGGCUUUCUGGUGAACUCUAAGCCUGAGGUAGGUUCUUCCGAUGGGAGAGAGCAACUAAAGCCCACUCCUGUGCUGCCCAACCUCUGCCGCCUCCUCGGCGAUCUGCGGCCGAUCGCUACGCUGGCUUACACCUGCCUGAUCAAUCUUUCGGAAGACAACGAAUACGCCGGUAUGAUGCUGCAAAGGCCUCGAUUCUGCGUUUCGCUUGUCCGCAAUCUUACGAACGAAGAGCACCAACUGGGCGAACUGGACGUCCUCCUGCUCAAUAACCUGACGCGGCUCGAGGAGGGCAGCAGACAGCUGCUGCAGGUGGGUGAAUCACUGGAGGGCUUCUACCUGGAGAAGCUCGUCGAGAUCCUCGUAAGCAAGAGAGGCGACGAAAGGAAGGACCCAUACGCCUGGAUCGCGCGAGUGCUCAUGAACGUCUCCCAGCUGCCCGAGGCCAGAAAGAUCCUGUUGGAUGAGAAGAGGGACAUCUUCAAGGACCUUCUGAAGGACAUCCAGCACCGCAACCCUAUCCGGAAGAGGGCUGUCCUGGGCGCCAUCAAGAACUGUUGCUUCGAGCAGAGGAAGCACGCCUGGUUGCUGGCCGAGGACAAGGUGAACAUCUUGCCCUACCUCCUCUAUCCUCUGCUCGGCCCCAACAAGAUGCGGGAGGAGGACGUGGAGAGCAGGAAGCUGCUCGUGGAGGCCUUGACCCUGCUCACGGGCACCAGGCGCGGGCGCGACUUUAUGCGAGCCAAGAAAGCGUACCCGAUCGUACGAGAUGCGCACCGAGUGGAAGACAACGAGGCGAUCGGCGAGCUCUACUUCAUCCUGGUCGACCACUUGAUGCGGGACGAAGAGCCGCUCCCCGCCGCGGAACCGAUCGAAACGCCAAGCAUGAAUCAGGAAACCGAGGCCGAAAAGAAGCUCCUAGCGGAUGCGCAGCACGAAGAGGAGAUGCCCGAGAUGGACGUGCUCGUGAGUGACUCUGAGGACGAGGACGAGGGGGAGAAGGAAAGCGUCGACUAA